AUGGUGGACGCUGUAAGAAAUAUCAUCAUCAAGCUUGGGAGAAAGGUCCAUUCACCAGAAACAGCCACUAAGCAUGUAAAAACGCUGCUCCAGUUAGCUAUGAAGAAGAAGUUGAAGCUUGAUCCUAUUCUACGGGAUGAAAUCAUGGUCAUCGUGCUUUCCGAUUAUCCGGAGUUUUAUGCAGACUGGUCCGAGGAGGACACCAGUGAGCUCUUGUUGCUGGCCUCCGAAGCGAGUGAUGAGGUUAGCCCAGCAUCUAUUCCAGAGCCCGCAGAUAGAAAUCGUGUCGGGGCAUUCCUUCAAUACUUUGCUCAAAGGGCUCUUGAAUCAGACGAGGUCUCACGUCGUCGAGCAGCAGCUCAACCCCGAUACCUACAGGCUGCCCAGGACGAAGCCAAACACCGAUUAGAGAUUCUUCUCUCAGAUGCUAUUCCAUCUGUUGUGCCUAUUGUUGAAACUGAUAAUGUGAAUGCUUUAUUAUCUGUGAGAUCCUCUGUGUCUGAUGAUCCCCCCCCCCUAGAAAUCUGUCCUUCUAAGAAUCCCUCUAGUUUGCCCACUGAAAUUGAGGUUGCCGGUAUCUCAAAUCCUCAUGCCUCUGAUCAAAUAGAUGGGGUGCCAGUCUACACUUCUUCAUCGUUGGCUGAGGGCCUUGAACAUGUCCGGCACUUUGCAGGUUUACCCACUACCUCUAUUCCAGAACCGUAUCGUGUGAUUCAUCCUACUGAGUCCUCUAGUGAAGAUGAAAAGAUUCUUGCUAAAAGUGUCCCUGUGAAAGUGGUUGUGGAAUCCGGUGAUGACAAUCUUGAUGUGGCUCAACCUGAGAAGAAGAGAAAGUCUGGUGAGUCAGUCAAAACUGAAGCUAAUCCUCCUAUUCAACAAGUGUUCAAAACCCCGCGGUCAUCCGUCAAGCAAAAAGGUCCUGCUGUGGUUCCCACAUCUUUUACCCGGAAAGGGAAACCAAUUACUCGCUCCAGAGGACGAAGUAUUACGCCUGAGGUUCAACCUACUACUGAGAAUCCUGACACAUCUAUCUAUAGUCCUCAGUUUGUCUCCUCUACUGCUCAAGGAAAAUGGUCCACAAUGAUCCGGAGAGAUCUUAUUGUUCAGCGGUCUGUUGAUGAACACCAGUUGAACUCUGUUUGCGACAUCUUGCCCUUGCUGAGUGAAGUGGGCCUGUUGAAGACUGUCUCCUCUAUUUGCCCUUAUUCGAAGCUUCUGACUUCGAGAUAUGAGUUCUAUUGUAACCUUAAUGAGGAGAUUGACAAUUUGACCGGGACACGACCAAUGCAAAUCUUCAUUCGAGGUAAAUGGUAUGUCUUUGGCCUUGACAUGAUAAAUGAGUAUUAUGGUUUGAAAGGUGUGCACGAGGAAGAAAUCACGGACUGGGAUUUGGUGGCAAAGACCCUCACUGGUGGACAAACUGAUACAUGGCCUACGGGUGAAAAAGAUUAUCUGCCUAGCUCACAACUCACCUCCAAAUAUGUCAUCUUGCACCGUCCUGCACUUCACAACUGGCUUCUAUCGGCUCACUUUCAUAUGGUCGGCAAGCAAUUGGCAGCUCUCUUGUUUUGGAUUGGGACAAAUAUGUCUAUUGAUCUGGGGUCCUGGAUUUAUUAUCAUAUCCUCACUUUGAUCCAUCCUCGAGAGAAAAAGGUAUGGUUGCCAUUCCCUAAUCUGAUAUUUGGAGUUCUAACAUCGCAAGGCCUUGAGCCAAUGCCUAGUGAGGUGAUCAGUCCGACUCAUCUUUAUACUGUUAAUCCUCGUCUUCUGACUGGAGGUCACAUCCGAGACAUUACGCCGGUGAUUGCUCCGUCUAAUUCUGAUGCUGAUACAGUGGCUGAUGAUUCGCCACAUGCGAAAGAUGUCCAACUCUCUCUUCGUCUAAAGGCCCGAGUAUCUGAACUUGAGACUGUUCAUGGAAUCAUUGCGAAGCAGCUGACAGGGGUCCGUACUGAAUUAGCUAUCGUUCUUCUCCGCUUGAGCUUGACUGAAUCUGCUGCUACUGAUGCUGCUAAGUCUGACAGUGAGAACCCCUCCAAUGCUUAA